AUGUCGACGUGGCCGAGUGUCAGUUUGUCGAUUUACACUUCCCCAUCGUGUCGAUAACUCAUCCGAUCAGAGAUCUGUCUUCAAACCCGCGGGGCGGAGUCCGCCACGGAGCGGCCGUGCUGGCUUGGGCUCCGAGAGGGCAGGAGGAGUACGGAGCGUUACGUGUUUCGGUGCGAGGACGUCGACUCGACGACGAUCUGCCGAAACGACGUGGAUCAGCUCGUCUUGAUCUGUGCAGAUAUAGUCGAUGCUACGCCUCGCGGCUUUGCGGCGCUCUUGACCAGGACAACCACAGAGCUUAAAUUUAAAGAUGGAGCGUCGCAGCGUGCAGGCCACCUCCACUCGCCGCAGGGGCAAUCCAGUUCAAAGUGGGUAGUACAGAGCUAACGUGCUCUUAUUUCUUGCUCAAAACACAGACUCCAAGACGGCGGUCCGUGUCUCAGACGUCACCGGACUUGCGCUCUGUCGAUGACGGCUACGGUUCAUCCGCAUCCGUUCACCUUUCAAAACGGCGGUUACGGCCGUCACGUCUACUCUUAGUCGUCACGAUUCUCCUGGCAAUCAUCUUGAUAUCAUGGCAUUCGAUCGAACAAGCCCUUUUCGAGAAGAAGAGAUGGACAAGGCCUGCGAGGACAAAACAAACGAUAUUGUCCCCACGAUCCGACAGGACCACCGCAGUCUCGGAGGCAACGAGAUCCGUCACGUCACGUGUCCGGAAAGCCGCUCUUGUACGCGCUGCAACUUCACCCUUCGCGCCUUCCAGCGACCCACUACCAGUGCACCACGAGGAGCGACUGAUCAACUACGCAAACCAUCCGAUGUCGCCGCAUCGACCGUCGCCGAAGCAGUUCUUGCUUUCGCCCGCGGCACGAUUUGAUGAUCCCGUCGUUGGCAUAAUCACGGCGACGAACAAUCCUCGACCCGAAAUCUUGCGCGAAACCGCGGCCACGGUGCUGGGCCAGUCGUUGCAGAAUUUUGUGUGGGUGAUCGUUGAUGACCACACCGACAACAGCGAAUCACUGGAGGCGAUCGCAGACCUGGCCAAGGAUCCGCGCGUCAAGGUGCUCAAGAACAACGGGAGCAAGGGUCUCGCUGCGACACGCAACGUCGCCUUGAAGCACUUGCUCGAACGACCGAACGGUCCGCCCAAGUACCUGGUCAGCCUCGAUGAUGACGACAUGCUCGAAUUCACUUGUUUGGAGAAGACGGCGUGGAUGCUCGAGUCGAAUGCGGACUGGCAGCUCGGCGGCUUUUACUAUAUCAAGCAUGGUCCUGGAGCGAACGAAACCGUCACAACCGGGCUUCAUUCCCAUGAUCGAAACCUCAACGAGGUGAGUCUUGAACCUAAAGUCCGAGUGACAGAGUUGGGGCCGAGUUCUUUUCGGUUAAACGGACACCGAAAUCCUGCAGGGCAACUAUGUACCCAACGCGGCGAUGUACCGAUCGCAAGCGGUCGUCGACUCGGGGUGUAAAUACGACGAAGAGAACUUCGCUUUGGGGGGCGAGGACUGGGACUUUUGGAUGUGCUUGGCCGAGAAUGGGUUCUGGGGUGGUACCGCGCUCGAGCCGCUGUUUUGGUGAGUCGCUCGCGUCGGCAUCCCCUGUUUGCGUCGCCCUGAUCCAGUCGCAUCGUGGGAUCGUAGGUACCGGGCCAACGAUCAAAAAUUCCGGGCUAGUCGCUGGGGCGACACCUUCUCGGGACGGAAUGCACCCUUUGUUCAUAUGCGCGAGGCCGUGCAGAAGAAGCACCGCUUUCUCGACGAUGCAGUGAACUUCCCGCACCGCGUACCAAAGUACUCGAGCGCGCUCGAGAGGAUCGUAUGGGACCAACCCUUCGAGAGCAACCUCGCCACCUCGGACAAGAGCAUCAUGUUUGUCAUCCCGUGGCUUUACCUUGGGGGUGCCGAUGUGGGCGCCGUGCGCAUGAUCCGCCUGUAUGCCGAGAAGGGGUAUCGCGUUACCGUCGUCUGCACCCUGUUCGACCCGCCGGCAGGGAUCGAGCUCCGACCCGAGGCACUGCAGUGGACGCAUGAUGUCCACGUACUCCCAUCGUUCCUUCGCGCCCGCGAUUUUCCCCGUUACUUCAAGUACCUCGUCGAAUCGCGUGGCAUCAAUCAGAUUGUGCUCUCCAACUCGCAGUUGACCUACGAAAUGAUGCCUGCCCUUGUGGAGCAGAUGCCCGAUGUCGAGUUUAUCGAUGUAAGUAGAAAAGUACGUUUUGACCGCUCUACUUCUCUGACCUUCGCACUUUCCACGCACAGUACCUGCACAACGAAGCCUAUGAUGGGUGGAAAUCAGGUGGAUACCCUCAAUACUCGUCGAUCCUGCGCCGGCAUUUGGCGCGUACGAUCACCUGCUCCAACUAUUUGCGUGACUACCUCAUCGCGCGUGGCCACGCUCCGGAGCGCGUCGGCGUCGUCAAGCUUGGUAUCGAGAUGGAUCGCUUCUUUCCCGUCACCCUUCGCGAGCGCAAUAAUGCCAAAGCGACAUUCCUUCACCUCCCCAGUGCCACAAUCGUCAUCACGAUCGUUGGCCGGCUCGAUCCGCAGAAACGACCUUUGCUCGUCCCGAGUAUCGUCGCCAAGCUCCUGGAUGCAGUCGAAGAGGAUUUCGUUGUCAUCAUGGUCGGGGAUGGACCACUCGAGGCCCCUCUCAAGGCCGAGAUUGUCAGGCAUUCGGUUGGGGACUAUGUUCGAGUCUUGGGUGGCAUCAAAAACCCGUACCCCUAUCUCUCGGCUUCGGACAUCUUCAUGCUCCCUUCGCGCUCUGAAGGCGUCUCGAUCGCCGUGGCCGAAGCGAUGGCUAUGGGACUUCCCGUCCUAACAGCGAGGGAAGGCGCUUUGCCGGAACAACUUGGUGAUUACACGGGCAUGGCCUCCGCGUCAUCGCUCGGUGGAAUCCUCAUCGAUCACGAGCUCAAGGACCGAGUCGACGCCAGUCUCUACGCCGACGCGUUGAUCAAGCUCAUCAAGGACACUUCGCUGCGACGCAAUCUGGGCACCAAUGGGCGCCGGAUGGUCGAGAAGGACAUGGAUUGGAGGACGAGCUUGGUCAAGUUGUUUGACGAGAUCGAGUUGGCCAAGAACCCGCCGAGGACGGAGUCGGAUACGACUUCGCCUCAUCCUGCUGGUAGGUCUAGUACUUGGUCAGGAAUCUUUUGGCCGCAUACUUAAGCUGUCCUUCUCCGACCCGCGCAGCUUAUUUCGCUAUCCAAACGCUCUUACUCGAGGCCCGAAGACAGACGGACUUUUUCGAGCAAUGUCAGUGGGCCCCGUCUUGGCAACCCGUCCAGGCUUCAUCUUUGUUGACACUUUCGUCUUGUUUUGCGGCUUGCUCACAGACCCCGCGAAGCCGGCGCCCGAAGCCGAUGACGAUGACGACGACGUCUACGACACCCCCGAGUACGAUACUCCGAGCGAUGAAUCAUCUGCGCAAACCGGGGAUGAGGUCGCUCUGGAAGGGGUCUCGCCGUCGGAGGAGAAAGAGGGGGCGGAGGCCGAUGAUCACGAUGCGGAGAACUUCGAGGGGCAUCGGCAUGGGCCGAUCAUACAUGAGGACCAAGAAGAACAGGAGUGA